AGAAAAAAACAAAGGAACAAAUAAGGUCAACUAAAGAUCUUACGCUGAAAUCGGACAAAGUUGCUGAUGGAAGAUAUUGGAUGGAUGUAACUGCAGAGAAUCCAUCAACUGAAACAAAAAAUCAACUCCAAAUCAUCUGGAAGAAGGCAUGGAAAUUGUGGAAUGAAGGAAAGAUAAUGAAGUUGAUGAGCAAGCAAUAUAUAUAUGAUAGUGGAAUGGAAGAUGCAAAUAGGCCUAACACGUCGACACUGCUAGAGCUUCCUCACCCGAAGCAGCCAGCAUUCCUUCGGAUGCAAUGCAAGAGGCUCUCAAGCUAUAGAAAGAGUUGAUUUAUUUUCACUCUUGCGCCAACAGCUGGCGCCAAAAAUGUUGAUUUGUAUGAGCCCCCAAGCUUCUACUCUGCUUUCUUUGAGGUCUUUCUUCAAACACAUUCCGCCAAUUAAACCAUCAACGCUCAAACUUCGCCAUUUUCCCGCCGGAAUAGCCGCUUUCUCACGCGCCGCAGCUGCUACCCCCAAUUUUCAAGCCUUGACCUCGCACCAAAAGCAUCAAGUUCGCCUCUACAUUGACUCCCUCCUCGAAUGGAACCAGAAAAUGAAUUUGACGGCGGUGAAAGAGGAAAACGAGGUGAUGGAAAGACACGUGGAGGACUCCCUGGCGAUUAUCGAACCCGUUCAGGAUUCGUAUAUGUUGCGCUGCGGGAGCUCUUUCGAAAAUUUGAGUGUUGUUGACGUUGGAAGUGGAGCAGGGCUUCCUGGAAUGAUUCUGGCCAUUGCAUGCCCUAGUUGGAAGGUGACUCUGUUGGAGUCAUUGAAUAAGCGUUGCGUCUUCUUGGAGCAUGUCGUUAGCCUCGUUGGCCUGCAGAAUGUCCAAAUUGUACGCGAUCGGGCUGAGAAUGUAGGACAAAACCUUGACUACAGAGAGAACUUUGACAUUGCAGUUGCUAGAGCAGUUGCAGAAAUGAGAGUAUUGGCUGAAUAUUGUCUUCCUCUAGUCCGUGUUGGAGGUUUGUUUGUGGCAGCAAAGGGUCAUGAUCCACUGGAGGAAGUUGCAAAAGCUGAAAAAGCUAUUCAUUUGAUGGGUGCUUCUCUCUUGCAAACAUGUUUUGGUAUGCAUCUCUUAUAUUCACUUUCAGUUUCACUUUUCACUUUCACUUUCACUUUUACUGAUAGUAUAGCACUAAGCUUUUCAAGAAGGUUGUGUAAACUCUUUAUCUUUCCAUAUAUUCCUAAAGUAUCCUACUAUCCUUACUAUGUCCCCUCUUGGGUUAUAGACCAUUAUCAACUUUAUCUCUCAUCCUGGAAAUCCGAUGACUAGCCUAAGGGCAUCUGGGAAAUUGUAAAAGUAUCUUCACUAUAAUUGCUCUACUAUUACCUUCAGGGGGCGUGUACUUUUGAGGAUUAGCCUUGAUAGAUAAGAAUAGUAAGGCUAAUAAUCCCUUGUUUACUUAGAUGAAUUGAAACUUUCUAUCAUUUAAGCUAGUUUUGCUUGAUUCAUAUCUCAUUCGAAGGGUGGGAUUGGAUAAUUCCUACUCUUGAGGAUAAAAAUACUCAAUCAUGCAAAGUAAACUCCCCUCAUUUGAUUAAUGGAAUAAUUCUUAAUAGUAAUCCAAAUACGAUUGCCUUAAGCUAGAGUUGCUGUUUUCCAUGUCAAUCUGAGCCAUCAAAUGUUAAGUGCAGAAUCACGCUGAACUUGUGUAAUGCUAACAAAAUCUUGCGCUCCAAUUCAGUGGAAUCUCAUAGCAAAUUUGGACAGAGAACGGCCAUUAUAUGCCUGAAAGAUGGUCCAACCCCAAGAAAAUAUCCUCGGGCACCGGGCAUUCCUUCAAAGCUCCCACUAUGAUGUUGAUAUUAGAACAGUAAGGUUUAGUUAGCUAUCUGUUUUAUCGUAUUAUCUAGUUACUUCUUGUGAACAAGAUUCCUGUGUCAUUCAACUGAGACACACGGUGAUGUACAUCAUAUCUUGGUAUAUACUCUUGUGCACAAGUAUGUACUUGUUUGUUGUUCUAA